AUGACCGCUUUUCGAGCCGAUUCCAGGUUGACGGUUGACCUGUUGUGCUGGGAAGUGAAGUGGGAUUAUGUGGCCCCGUGCCAGGACCAGGCCUGUAAUAAAGUACGUGUAUCGGAAAAUCAAGUGCCCCGCGAAUCCACAAAAGACGCGGUUAAUGAAUGGGGUGAGGACGUCGAAAGUUGGGUGCAUAUCGAUAAUGAAUCAAACCUGGCGUUCAGUGAUCGAACGACGACGUUUCGAGUUCGCGACGCUCUGAAGACGUUCAACGCGUCGAACGUCGUGGUCGACGAGUUAAAUUUCGAUCGAGAGGUGUAUAUUUUGGGGUUGUUCGACCUUACCGGGGGGAGGGGAACGAGUGAGGAGUUGGUGGCAGCCGAGAUGGCCGUCAAGCAUGUGAACCGGUUAAGUUUGGUGCCGGGCUACAAAAUCAUCCUGCUAGUUAAUGAUACGAAGUGCGAUCCUGGGGUAGCAGUUGACAGAUUGUUCCACGCGCUCUAUUCCGAUAAAACUAUACUCAUGCUCCUGGGGGCGGGCUGUUCGAACGUCAGCGAGACACUGGCUCACGUCGUUCCCUACUGGAACAUUCUCCAGGUAUCUUACGGAUCGACGUCACCUUCGCUGAGUGACCGCCUAAAAUUUCCUCUGUUCUUCCGCACAGCCUUACCCGAUUCGUCACACAACCUAGCCAAGAUCCAUCUGAUCAAAGCUUUCGCGUGGCAAGUAGUGAUCACAUUCACUGAAACCGAGAGUGCGUAUCUUUUCCCGAUAAACCACUUCGUCGUCGAUCUGGAACGAGAAAAUGUGACCGCAGUUUUCACGGUCUCUUUUUCCGCGGAAAAUUACAAGGAUCAGCUCAAGGUGUUAAAGAACACCGACAUAAGGAUCAUAAUAGGCAGUUUUUCUUCGGAGAUGGCUCCCAAAGUGUUCUGCGCGGCUCACGAUUUGGACAUGCGCGGCGACGAGUACGUCUGGAUCUUGCACGAGCACCAUACCAAAUGGUGGACGUCUGAUGGCGAGUGCGCUCACUUGCGAAUCGCUACGGAGGGGGUAAUAUUGAGCUCAUCUCGAGAGUCUCUCGAAGAUGAGAAUACGGUACCGGAGGAGGCGGGAGAAGUGCCCAUGUACGGGAAAUGGGCGAGGCAGGCGUACGAUGCGGUAUGGGCCAUGGCACUGAUUAUGGCUAGCAGUCGGGUGGAUUCUCUCGACAAGUUCGGGUACCAUAGGAAGGAUAUGGCCUGCGAUUUCAUGGAAAGCAUGCGCAAUUUGGCGUUUGUCGGCUUGUCGGGACCUGUCCGGUUCAAGGGGGCCGACCGAAUAGGGGACCUCGUGCUCCGCCAAAUCCGAGAUGGAAAACCAAUCCCCAUCGCGUUCUACGAUUCUAUCGCCGAUCGUCUCAACUUCAACUGUCCUUUCUGCGUCCCAAUUUCCUGGAAGAAUAAACCGGUGCCGAUCGCCCGAAGAAUACUGAAACUGCGUACCAUCACCAUCCCGAAAGCUCUUUACUGUUUCGUCUCCGGCCUCGCGUUUCUGGGGGUGUGUUUGUCGGCCGCAUUUUUGUACUUUAAUUUAAGGUUUCGCCGACUUAAAUACGUCAAGUUAUCCAGUCCGAAACUGAACGUGUUGGCUGCGGUCGGUUGCAUCUGCGUCUACGUGUCAGUUAUCUUGUCCAGAUUGAGUGACGUCUUGCCAGAAGCCGAGCCGUUCUUCGACGCCACGUGUUCGAUCCGGACUUAUCUUCUCUCUGCCGGUUUCUCAUUAACGUUCGGUUCGAUAUUCGCGAAGAGUUACCGUGUCCAUCGGCUCUUUACGGACGCCAAUGUCGUCCUUCUCCGGGGGAAAUUUCUCAGAGACAACCAGCUCAUCGCUCUGAUCUCGAUCGCUUUGAUCGCCGACGCAGCCGUCAUGUUUCUCUGGCUCGAAAUGGACCCGUUGCACCGUCACCUCCACAGCUUGCCGAUGGAGUCUAGUUCCGUGAACCGAGGAGUCGUCUAUGAACCACAGGUAGCGUUGUGCCAGUGUCGCAACACCGUAGGUUGGCACGUAGCCCUUUUUGGCUACAAGGGCAUCGUCCUGCUGAUGAGCGUCUACGUGGCGUGGAAAACACGACACGUCAAAAUACAAGCCCUGAACGACUCCCAGUAUAUCGGCAUCUGCGUCUACAGUGCUGUGUUUUGCGCCCUCCUCGUCGUUCUCUUCGACAUAGUUGACGACUACGUCGUAGUCAGCUACGCGGUCAGAAACCUCAGCAUUCUGUCCAGCUCCACCGUGACUCUAUUCUUGCUGAUCCUGCCCAAAUUUAAAUCCGUCUCGGAUAAAAGGGACGCCGAGGAAGGUAUCAUGCAGGCGAUGGGCUUGAAGAUUCAGUCGAACACGAGGAGGUUCAUCGCGGAAGAUCCAACGGAGAUAGUGUGGCGACUCGAGAUCCAAAACAAGGUGCACAAAUCCAGGUUGGAGUCGUUAGAGAAGGAAAUGGCUAGGCUGGAAGCACUUCUGAAUCCCAGCUUCACGACUGCGUCUGCUGACGUGCACCUGUUGAGUUCCUCGCAUCAGGUGAACGUGAGGGCUUCUUGGCCAACGACACAAGGCCACUCGCUCAAACCGUUCUCUUCGGAACAGAAGCUGGUAGGGGAGAAAGUGUCGGAGAAGCUAAACUUUGUGGGGAAGUUGAGGAGGAUCGUCGGCAGCUUUAAUUCGCUGUGA